CGGAGCCCCGCAAGAGCAGGACGCGUCGCGCUGGGCGAUGAAUCGCGGUGUCGCUGCGGAAGAGGGAAAACCUGCCUUCCAGCAGCCCGGCGGAGCGCCGGCAUGUCGCGCUGCGUGGCUCUGGGGGCGUCGAGCCGUGUCUUCGUGGCUCUGAUUUGGGCCGUCUUUGCUCCUGGUCAACCUGAAGCGAAGCCAAGGAAAGUGGGCGUCAAGUAGCAAAUUUGAGAUGAUCCCCCCCAAUUAGAAGAUGGAUAUUUAGAGCAACUACUAAUGAUAGUUCCAUUACAACAGCAAGUUAAUUACUGUCUUUGUUUAUUUCUUUGUCAGAAGGUGCAUUUGCUUCACUACUUAAGACCAGCUGUUAGAGGCUUUUGCUGAAAUACAAUCAGUUUCUAUGAUGCUGCGGAGAGAUUUGUUGUUUGUUAAUAAACUGUGAGCAUGUGGUCACUUUUUGGUGAUGAUUCACUUAUUCACAUUUAUUCCUGUAUCUCAUAUACUUACUGUUAUUGGAAGGAUACUUCAAAGGUAAUAGAACUUCACAGUGUCUGUUGUCCAAGGUCUUGGCCAAGUAAUUCCAUUACCAGAGUUUAACACCUGCAUCACAGUAGCUGAUGACAUGUUUUUCUUGUCAUAAAUUUGAAGCAAAACCUGUUAAACACCUUCCGUGAAGUUUCUUCAAUAAUGACUGCUCGAAGCUACAAAUAUAACUUUUAUUCACCUCUUCAAGAAAAUCAUCGUUGUGCCAUAUAAGCUAAAGAUUGGUAAACUUACUCAAAAAGUUUGAACAGAUGGCUGUAGCUGAAAAAAACAAUAACUUGUGAAGUGUGUACCAGUACGAUAGAAAUUAAAAUAAACUUCAGUAUUUCCAUACUUGUUUCAGAGGUUGAUGCUUUUGGAAACAAAGUAACUCAAAAGGUGAUCUUCUCAAUCCAGGUCCUAAGCUGUUUCAGGAAGACUAGUUUUUUCUUCUUUGCAGUCAGGAGUGGUUUCUUUUCUUUUUCUUUUUUUUUUCCCUCUCUCUCUCUCGCUCUCUUUUUAUUUUUAAAGGGCUUUAAGGAAAAAACAUGCACAAUUGAGAAACAGUUUGAGUAAAAUAAAGAUGGCCCCGAGACCCUUCUCCAACUUUAGUAAAAAUCUCUAUCUGUCUAGCAUUUUGUCAAAGCCGUUGUAAAAGCAGAUCCCUUUUAUUCCUAUGCAUGCACAAAAAUUCCAGUCUUUAAAGUUAAAGCAUCUCUCUGUUUAGCACUUUUAAAUUAAAAGAGCUUUGCAUUUAGAAACUUUUUGCUACCUAUCCCCUGUUACGGGGAAUGCAGUUGAGAAAGCUUUAAUAGUUUGUAAUAAAAAUCAGCUCAAUAUUAACUCAGUGUUGAAGAUGUUGUUAUAUUUUUUUUCUUGCUAUCUAACCAGUAUGACAAAAAGAGCUAAACAAUAGUAAAGGUUUUAUUACAGCAGUGCAAUUUCUAAUUAUUCAUGUUAUGUCUUAAACAAAUGAUCUGACAGUUUACUUGCUGAGCAGCUAUUUGUAUAAUUCUAAGAUUAUAGCUUAAAUUAAAUUACUUAUAUAUUCUGGAAUAUCUCUACAGGAGAAUUAGAUGUGUAUUAGUUUUUCUAUACAUGUAUUUUGUUUUUCAAAAAAACUGCCAGGUAUUUUUACUUUGAUGUGCUUUCAUCUACAUUGAGGUGGCAGUUCUUAAAACUGUUCACUCAAAUAUUGUUCAUUUGCAAGUGAACAGCAAAUGUGGUUGUGCAGAAGACUUUCCAAGCUAGAUGUAAAAUAUGUUAAGCUUCUAUCAGGGGUAAAAUUUUAGCUCCACUGAAGCAACAAGAUUUUUUUCCAAGGGGAGGGCAGGGGUUCAUCUUUGUAUUUUCAUUGAAAGUAGAAGAUGUCAAGUAACAGAACAGUUAUUUCUUGUUAAGCACUGAAUGCUGAUAAGAAGAACAAUGCCCAUUACGUUGUUGGGGAUUUUUUAGUUUCUUUCUUUUAUUUUUCUUGAAACUAUUGUUCUUAUUUCUUGAACCAAUGUUUUUGUUUUAUAUGCUUCGUGUAGAUGAAUGGACAGAUGUGGACAGGAAACGAGUUAUGAAUGACAUCAUCACAACUAUGUUCAAUAAAAAAUUUAUGGAAGAGCUGUUUAAACCACAAGAACUCUAUUCCAAGAAAGCUCUGAGAACUGUGUAUGACCGGCUAGCUCAUGCCUCAAUCAUGAGACUGAAUCAGGCAAGCAUGGAUAAGCUUUAUGACCUUAUGACUAUGGCUUUCAAAUACCAAGUUCUGCUGUGUCCUCGGCCCAAGGACAUACUGCUAGUCACUUUCAAUCAUCUGGACGCUAUCAAAGAUUUCGUACGAGAUGCCCCUAGCAUUCUUAACCAGGUGGAUGAAACGUUCCGGCAGCUGAUUGAAAUUUACAGCUGUCUCUCUGCUGGUGAAUUUCAGCUGAUCAGGCAAACGCUCCUCAUUUUUUUUCAGGACAUGCACAUAAGGGUCUCCAUCUUUCUGAAGGAUAAAGUACAAAAUUCCAAUGGCCGCUUUGUGCUGCCAAUAUCGGGCCCUGUUCCAUGGGGUACAGAAAUUCCAGGACUCAUCAGGAUGUUUAAUCACAAUGGAGAUGAGGUUAAAAGAACUGAAUUCACCACUGAUGGAAAUUAUGUUACUCCACAAAGGGAAGGAUCUUUUGAUCUUUAUGGAGACAGAGUCCUUAAACUUGGAACAAAUAUGUACAGUGUUAGCCGGCCAGUAGAGACACACAUGGCAGGAUCAUCCAAAAGCUUGGCAUCCCAUGCAAAGGAGAAUACAGCCCCUAAUCCUCUUGCCAAAGAAGAGAUGAACUUUUUGGCCAGGCUAAUAGGAGUUCUGGAGAUCAAGAAACCUGGUGGCAAUGAGACAGGAUUUCGACUAAACUUGUUCACGACAGACGAGGAGGAAGAGCACGCAGCAUUGACUAGACCAGAGGAGUUAUCUUACAAAGUUAUCAACAUAGAAGCCACUCAGGACCCGGGGCGGCAGGAGGAGCUGGCCCGCAUCCUGGGGGAGCUGGAGGUGGCGGAGCAGCGCCCGGCCAGCACGGCCAAAGGCGAGGACCUGCUGGCGCUCAUGGACGGGCUCUGA